AAGGAUGAAGAAUAUUUUUAUUGAUAUUACCAUUUAUAUUUCAGUGCAUACUAGUUAAUUGCAUGAUUUUUUUUUUCUACACGUCAUUUUACUUUAAGGGAGAAUGUUAAUUAAGCAAAUGAUUAUUUUGUGUAGGAUAGUAUGAUUAGUAAAGCAAUUCUUAUAUGACUAGAACCUUAGUGUAUAACACUUGACCUUAGCAUAACAUACACGAAAGACAUGACUAAAUAUAGAAAAACCUUUAGGAAGAGUGUAGUAUGGUUGAGCAAUUCUUAAGAUAAAUUACUUUUACUUCAAGGAAAUGGCACGACGACAACAAGAUCAAGCUACUAUGUUCAGAGAUUUACUAAGGGCAGUACAAGACUUGGGCAGACAGCAGGCUCAAGCGGCACCUCAUAAUGCAACAGGAGGUGCCAACACCAUGAGCUCAAUUGUUGAACAGUUUCGUCGCUUUAAACCUCCGUCCUUUGAUGGUAAAGGUGAUCCUUUCGCAGCUGAGGAGUGGCUGAGAAGACUUGAAGGAAUCUUCGAGCACAUGAACUGCAAUGAUGCUCAAAAGGUUUCUUGUGCAAAGUUUAUGUUGACUGAUGAUGCUGGACAUUGGUGGGAGUCUGAAACACGUACUAGAACUACAGAACAACAACGUAACCUCACUUGGAACCAGUUCAAGGAGUCGCUAAUGGGUAAAUAUUUUCCCCAGUCACUGAAAGAUCAAAAGGAGGUAGAAUUUCUCCAGCUCACGCAAGGAAAUUUGCCACUUGGGGAGUAUGAAAGAAAAUUUGAACGACUUUCUAGGUAUGCACCGCAUAUGGUGAACACUGAGCUGACAAAGGCUAAAAGGUUUGAGAUGGGGUUAAGGCCAGAGAUCAAGGGAAUCAUGGCAGCCCAGCAGUAUACUACUUAUGCAGAGGUUGUACGUCGAGCACAAGCAAUCUCUAAUGGUUUAGGACUGGAAAAGAAAACCCAACCCAGCACCGAGUCGUCUAUAAAGAGAAAGUGGCAAGGUCAUGAUAAGGAGAAAGGUAAGAACCAGAAUAAGAAAGGAAAGAUUGGGUCAGACUCAAAUAAAACUUUUCCUCAAUGCUCCAAUUGCAACAAGCGACACUUGGGUGAAUGUCUUCAGGGAAAGGGAGUAUGCUACAGUUGUGGUAAGAGUGGUCAUUUCCUUAGAGAAUGUCCAGAGAAGAAGAGAGAAGGUGAUUUGAUGUAA